AUGUUGGCGCCGUGGCAGCGUCUUGACGCCGUCAGGACCUUUGUCUACCCGGCGCUCAACUUUCCGAUGCGCUGCGGGGUCCUCACCAAGACGGACUGGCGUCGCCUUGACGACGCCAUACGUCCCCUGGUUAAGCGGACCCUCUACCUGCCGGGCAAUGCGUCAAACAACUACGUCUACGGCAGCGCUGGCGGCGGCGCUGCUGGCAUCCCCGUGGCGGCGGAACUCAGCGACGUCUGCCGCGUGGAUUCCGCGUAUAAGCUACUCGCGACGACCGACCGGGGACUCCGGGACAUGGCGCUCCUCGACGCCUAUUCGGUGGCCACUGCGAGACUAGGCUGGGAAGCAACCCGCGCCGCGCUCGAGGCCUACCUCUCGGGGAGCAUCGAGGAUGCGUUCCGGGACCCAGUCAGCCAGCUGCGCUCAGUGUGGACUGAGGCGCGCAAAGCGUCUCGCCGGCUUCAGGUUUACUGGACCCUCGACCCGGAGGACGUGCGCAUCACCUGCGGCGACACAACCAUAACGCCGACUCACCGCUGCCGGGUGAUGCGGUCCCUGCGCGAGGUCCUGGCCGCCGACCGCGACAGGGCCCUCCACGACCAGCCCAACCAGGGCAAGGUCCUGGCAUGCGUCGCAGCUGACCGGGCGAGCUCCCACUUCAUGCGCACGGGGGCUUACACCCACUUCGCCGACUGGCGGUUUAUUCACAAGGCGAGACUGAACCUCCAUACCCUCAACGGCGCCCGGAUGUGGGGACAGGCGGACCGAGACCAACGGUGCCGCAUCUGCGGCUACGCCCGGGAGACGUUGCCGCACGUCGUGUGCCAUUGCAUGGCGCAUAGCGCCAUGUACACGGCGCGACACAACGCCGUGGUGGACCGCCUCCGCACCGCAGCAUCGGCCCGCUUUACAGUCGCCUUUGCCAACCGCCCCGUGAGUAACACGAAUCUUCGACCGGACCUGGUGUUGGUGAGCGGCGAGGAGGCCAUCGUCAUCGACGUGGCCUGCCCGUUCGAAAACACGCCGGACGCCCUCACCAACACACGCAACGAGAAGGUCGCCAAAUACGAGCCUGUUGCGGCCUACCUUCGGCGUCGAUACCAGCGGGUCACCGUGGCUGCGAUUGUCGUCGGCGCCCUGGGCGCGUGGGACCGGGCCAACGACGCCGUGGCAACGACGUGGUGUCAAAAGUGCAUUGUACUGUGUGCUUUUUAUUUUAAUAAGGUCAUAUUGGGUGACCAAUGCGCCUGUGUUUAUAUCAACUUCAAUUCAUUCUCUUGA